AUGUCUUUUGCACAGCAGAAGAAGCAGGAAGACCCUCACAACCAAGAGUCUUCUCCCUCAUAUCCGUUACAAGCGUCUGAGCUGUCUGCUAGAGGGCAGGUGGUGCUAACGCCCCCUUCGCCGCCGAAACUUGAGGGAACGUCACCUGAAAGGGAAGAUUCUCCUUCUGGCGGGGAUGGAAAGCUGUUGGUAAAAGAUACCGUGACCAACUAUAUCUACAGCGCACACUGGAAGGCCAUUCUUGAAGAGAUAAACGAGUUCAAGCAGUCAUUACAGGAAAACACUGAUCUGUCGGAUGAUGAAGAAGUUAUCGACGAUGAUAGUUCAAGUGGCAAAGAACCCACUAUCUGGUUUGGAAUAAGCAGGCCGACGAGCAAGGAGGAGCUAUUAUCUGAUAUGCCGGUUCGACAAAUCACAGACAGGCUGGUUUCCUAUUAUCUGAUCUCCAAAGAACCAAUUGUCACCAUCCUUCACAUUCCUAUGUUUCAAAAAGAGUACAACAAAUUCUGGUCGAACCCACAAGACGUUUCACUGCCAUGGCUCGGAAUGCUGUAUGCAAUCAUGACAUUGAGCACUAUGUUUUAUCAACGGACCGGAGACCCGAUACACGGUUUAGCUGGGGACUACGGUGAAAUCGCCAGCAUCUUCAGAAAGAGGAGUGCCCAGUGUCUUGUCCAGUCCAACUACAUUGCUGCAGGGCGGUACAAAGUUGAAGCACUGUUCCUUUAUACUAUGAGCGAGUUCUACAAGAAGCAUGACGUGGAAACAGGAGUCCCUUUCCUACUAGGGAUUACAAUCAAGUUGGCAAUGCGGAGUGGUUACCACCGUGAUCCAUCACAGUUUCCGGCUAUAUCUGCAUUUGACGGAGAGAUGCGAAGACGCACAUGGGUAUUUCUCUGUCAACUUGAUGCGUUGCUCUCUUUUGAGGUCGGCGUGCCACGGACGUUACAAGACUGGCAGUUUGACACGGAGCUGCCACGGAACCUGAUGGAUGAGGAUUUCAACGAAAACUCGCUGCAACUGCCUCCGUCUCGGCCGAUGAACGAAAUUACUACAUCAACGUACGUCAUUGCCAAAUCGCGUAUAAUGUUUGUCUUCGGGAAAAUUCUGGAUAUGGCAUUCUCGCGGAGACCUGUAACCUACGAAGAGACCUUGGAAGUCGACAGACAGUUGGAAGAAGCAAACAGUCUUAAGCCUCAAGCAUACCACAUUCGGCCAAUCAACCAGUGCAUUGCAGAUCCUCCGGAGUUGAUCUUCCAGCGGUUCACUCUUGCAAAUGUAUAUCAAAAGGCUCGCUGCGUGCUUCAUCGAAGGUACUUGGGCGAAGUGCAUACGAACAUGCGGUACGCGUACUCGCGCGUGGUGUGCAUUACAGCCGCGAAACAGAUUCUUCGUGUUCAUACAGAUUUGUACCGUGAGAUCCAACCUGGUGGGCUCAUGUACAGGAACAGAUUAUUUCCCAACUCGAUCCAAUAUACAGACUACCUGCUUGCGGCUAUGAUUCUUUGCAUGGAACUGUCUUAUAGUCACGCUACAAUGGCCAAGGUGAUGCCAAACGACGACGUGGCCGUCGUUACCAAAGACCGGGAGGAACUAAUAUCAACUCUUGAGAACUCCCAUCAGAUACUGCACGACCUACGAAAGCAAUCCGCCGAUGCUCAGAAGGCACACGCAGCAUUAACCGUCAUGCUCGGGAGGAUUAAGCGCGGUCUGCACACCAUACCGCCGCCGAAGACCAAUGUACCAAUUACAACGACAGUCACUCAACCUACCGAAGUAAUCAAUGAGCCGCCACCAUACGAUGCUUGGCCCAGUCUAGAUGCAGGAACAUUAGAAAACCCGUUGUUCUCUGUAUCUGCCAACAUGGCGCCAGAGCCUAUACCUACCAUAGACACGCAAUACGCAUCGCUGGACGUGAUAGGGGAGAUGCUUGAUACGCCUGCCAACAUUGAUUGGCAACUCUGGGACCAACAUAUCCAGAAUCGACCAAACCAUGUGAUGAACGGCGAUGAGUCGUGGUAUGGGCAUUGA